CUCGCGGGUCUCCGUGUUCCACUAGUCCGCGAGCUGCCGUCGGCUCGCGCGGGGGGCGGGCCGGGGCGCCGAGCUGCGCUCUCGCUUCUCCCUCUGCCCCCCACUCCGCGCCGCUGCCUUCUCCCUCCUCCUCGGCCCCACCAGCAAACUUUCCGUCCCUCCCCGCCCCUCGCCCGUUAUUCGUCUUGGCUCGGGCCGGGCCGCGCCGCACCGAGGGCUCCUCCCAACCUCCCCGCUUGCAGUUCCGACUAUUACAGGACCCAGAAAAAUGUCGACCACACUUCUGUCUGCCUUCUACGAUAUCGACUUCUUGUGCAAGACGGAGAAAUCCCUGGCCAACCUCAAUCUGAACAACAUGCUGGACAAGAAGGCUGUGGGGACGCCCGUGGCUGCUGCUGCCCCUAGCUCGAGCUUCACACCGGGCUUCCUGCGACGCCAUUCGGCCAGCAACCUACAUGCGCUCGCCCACUCCGCGCCCAGUUCGGGCAGCUGCUCUCCCAAGUUCCUAGGCGCCCCUAACGGCGGCAGCUGCGGCUCCUCAGGCGCGGGCGGCCCUUCCUCCUACGGCCAGCUCAAGGAGCCUUCUGGGGGCAGUGGCACCACGGCGCUGGUCAACAAGGAGAACAAAUUCCGGGACCGCUCGUUCAGCGAGAACGGAGAGCGCAGCCAGCACCUCCUGCACCUGCAGCAGCAGCAGCAGCAGCAGCAGAAGGGGGGCAGCGGCUCCCAGAUCAACUCCACGCGCUACAAGACCGAGCUGUGCCGACCCUUCGAGGAGAGCGGCACGUGCAAGUAUGGCGAGAAGUGCCAGUUCGCGCAUGGCUUCCAUGAGCUGCGCAGCCUCACCCGGCACCCCAAGUACAAGACGGAGCUGUGCCGCACCUUCCACACCAUCGGCUUCUGCCCGUAUGGCCCUCGCUGCCACUUCAUCCACAACGCGGACGAGCGGCGGCCCGCGCCAUCUGGGGGCGCCUCCGGGGACCUGCGAGCUUUUGGCGCGCGGGACGCGCUGCACCUGGGCUUUGCCCGGGAGCCGCGGCCCAAGCUGCACCACAGCCUCAGCUUCUCCGGCUUCCCGUCGGGCCACCACCAGCCACCAGGGGGUCUGGAGUCGCCGCUCCUGCUCGACAGCCCCACUUCUCGCACGCCGCCGCCGCCCUCCUGUUCGUCGGCCUCCUCUUGUUCCUCCUCCGCUUCUUCUUGCUCCUCCACCUCGGCGGCCUCCACGCCCUCGGGCGCCCCGACCUGCUGCGCCUCGGCGGCGGCUGCGGCGGCAGCCGCUCUGCUCUACGGCCCCGGGGGCGCGGAGGACCUGCUGACCCCCGGAGCCCCGUGCGCCUCCUGCUCGGGCAACUCGUGCGCCAACAACGCCUUCGCCUUCGGCCCGGAGCUGAGCAGCCUCAUCACGCCGCUUGCCAUCCAGACCCACAGCUUCGCCGCCGCGGCCGCCGCCGCCUACUACCGCAGCCAGCAGCAGGGCCUGGCGGGCCCCGCGCCGCCCACAGCACAGCCCCCGGCGGCCCCCGCGCCGCCCUCGCCGCCCUUUGGCUUCCAGCUGCCGCGCCGUCUGUCCGAGUCGCCCGUGUUCGAUUCGCCCCCCAGCCCCCCGGACUCGCUGUCUGACCGGGACAGCUACCUGAGCGGCUCGCUGAGCUCCGGCAGCCUCAGCGGCUCGGAGUCCCCCAGCCUGGACCCGGGCCGCCGCCUGCCCAUCUUCAGUCGCCUCUCCAUCUCCGACGAUUGAGGCAAGGAGGGCCCCCGGCGAGGGUUUGGGAGAGGCGCUGCAGGGGGCACCGGGCGGGGGUGACACUGCCGCU